CUUGGAUUCUUCGAAGAUCGAGUUCUCGCCAUUUGUCGUUCGCAACCCAGACAUGCUUUUAGCACUCACGCACUGGUGGUGGCGAAGAAUCGCCACCACGUGUUUCCAUCGGCGAGUCAGCCCUGUGUUGAUUCAUCAAUCAUCAUUCAAACGUAAUCCAGCGAAAUUUCCAGUCACAUUCGUUCGGCCACAAAAUCCGAUUCAAUAUCAGUAUCGUUGCCAAGGAGAAGAUGGAUUAUGGAUUUUCGGCGGAGCCUGCCGUGGAUGUACUAGAGCUUAGUACGACACUCGCUCGACUCGGACUCGGUCAAUAUGGGGAGAGCUUACGAGAAAACGGCUUCGAGGACUGGGAGAGUGUGACAAACAUCACAGAGACUGACAUGGUGGAGCUGGGUUUCAAGCUGGGUGAUCGUCGGAAGCUUCAGCGAGCAAUACGCAAAUACGUCGAUUCGAGCGCGCCUCCCGCGGAACAUGAGGCUAAGAAUAUUCCCCUGCCAUCCGAAGGGCCGCCCUCAGUUGAAGGUUAUUCCAAAACAUCGCCCUCGUCCAAGGUGGCGCGUGUGACCAGGCCGUAUCGAUGGCGCCCCCGACCAGAUCCGAAUGCUCCUCAAAAACCCAAGACGGCUUAUGUGGUCUUCGGUGAGCAUGUUCGACAGGAUCCAGCUCUCGGUCCUUCGUCUUUCACCGAUCUUGCCAAGGUAACAGGGAAGCGAUGGAGAGAACUUUCCGAUGAAGAACGAGGGAGUGUUUGGGAAAUACCAGCUACUAAGAAGUUGCAAGAGUACAAAGAAGAAUUCAUGCAGUACAAACAAUCGGAAAAUCACCAGAUGUAUCAAACGUAUCUCGAGAAAUUCAAACAACGACUCAACAACCAAGAACCAACAACAUCGUCGGUCACCAAGGCCGCGUCCACUUCCCAAGCCGUCACUUCUGGUUCGAAACAUGCCUUGCAGGCUCAGGAUAGACCUGAAGUUACCCGCGAAGACAGCUCUGAUACAAAAUACAUGGGUCGGGAGGGAGAAUCUCAAGACACGAUACCACCCGUAAAUUCCGGGAUGGCGGAAGUGCGCCAGGUAGCAAAAGCGCUUGGUAUCAGCCUCCACCACAUGCGAGUCAACGCCUAUCCAUCCGAGGAAUCGACAACCAAAGCUGUUGAAUCCUUCCUGCAGGGCACGGGAUCGCUUCUCUACCUUUGGAAACGAGACGAAGCCUUGAGUCUUGUCAAGUCUGUCUACCGCUCACAACCCGGCUCGAUACCCGCACACGCAACCGAGGUCUUUGCAAUGUCAGCAGUGGGGAGCUACUGCGAUGGAGAACCACACACAUCCUUGUCUCAGGAGACGUUUCUCCAUUUCUUUCUGUACAUGCUUUCCUCACCUCCCGAAAUCAGCAAUCUCAGCCGCAUGCGGCUUUUUGCUUGCCUGGCCAUAUGUCGGUUCACCAAUAGCGUAGAAAGUGCGAGAAGUCUUAUGUUAUCAGCGCUCGAUAUCGGAAGACAGACGUUCACGUCUUCUUCGUUUAUAGCCGAAACCCCCGAAGAGAAAAUACGCUAUUGGUGGUAUAUAUUCCGAAGCAUCGUCUUCCUGGAAAGCUGGUUUGCCUACAACACCAGCCAUGAAUCACGGGUUACCAACCAAGAUCUGAAUUUAUACCACCCUCCUACUUCCCACGCAGAACAAGACCUCGAUGUCUUCCAGGAGCGCGUAGGCGAACUCGGUCAGCUAGCCGCAUACAUAGCCCUUGACCUGAAGACAGCAACCCAACCAAGCGCCGCACAGGCUCAACUACACUUCGAGUCUCUAAACGGGUGGCACCGUACCCUCCCCCCGCCAAUGCAACUGAGUCGACUCAGCCUCGCAAAUCCCUUGUCAUUGAACUGGCAAUCCAAGCGGUCUCUAUUGCAGCUACACAUCCUCUUCCUAGGCCUAUGUAUCGAGCCCUACCGCAGCGGACUAAUCGAUCUCGGGAGGCUACGCCUAGGCAUCUCCCCCCUCGAGCCGGAAACGUUACACACGCUGAAAAGUGUCGAGAAGCAAUGCGUCAUGGCGGCACGACAAUCCGCUCGCGUAGCCUCUUUACUACAAACCGACAACCUGAUCCGCUCUCGUUGUUGGGUUUCAGUGUAUACCUGUUUUACAGGCUGCACGGUUCUUCUCUUCUCCGCCUCGCAGAAGCUCGUGGAGUUCCUCGCGGAAGAAGUCGGCCAAGAGCUAUCGUAUGCGUCGUCGCAUUUGAAUGUUCUUUCACUGUGCAGCUACGAUAAUGAAAUCGCGAGGAAGUUGUAUAUCCCUUUGCAAAUUAUCUUCAACGAUAUCAGAGAGAUUGCUGUCUCGCCUGUCUAUCGCAGUAUGCGCGCGUCACAGACUUUUGUCAAGGAUGUGGUGCUUGUGCCCGGCUCGUCCUCGGACGCGGACGAGGGUGUCGCGGAGGUUGGUAGGAAUAUAGUGGAUUUGACGGAACGUAUUAUGAGCUUGCUUCAGGAAAGCCUUAGCUUUUAGAGGAUAACAUGUAUAUAUUUUGGGACUGAAGGCGUCAUAAAGAAAGAGGGAAACACGUACAUAAUUAUAGUAAUAACGAUAUAGGUAUUGAACAUGC